CUUCAUUAUGUUGGUUUUCUUUGAUGUCAGGGGAGGAGGAUUCCUGAGAUACUUCCAAGUGAAACAAAUACCUAAUUUUCUGCUCGCAUCUCCAAUAUUGUCAUUGGCACUUUGCUCAAUUGGCUAUUAUGUGAAUUCACGACCUAAGAUUGUUUUUUCAUUGGGCUUUCAAGCUUCUGUUGAGGAAAAAGGUUCUUCAGUACUGUUUUUUCCUCUGGAGGCAGACCAAAGAUCAAAAGGUCCUUUGUCAGAACAAUCUUCUUCUGUUAGACAAGAAAAUCAUAACCUGAGACAGCGAAAGAGAAUGGGACAAGGAAGAGAUCCUGCUCAGCAUAGAGUAGACCAUGAACCCUUGGAGAAGUCAGGAUAUUUAUGUGCCUUUAUGCUUCCCUUUAUAGUGCAUCUUGGAAUCAUGGCAGCCACAGCAUUUCUUGUUAUGCACGUCCAGGUCAGACUCAUCCUUGUUCUCUGUUGAUUUAUAAUUUUUUAUUACAGCUAUAAAGCCUCAUCCUCAUCCAUUAUUGAGAACCUUGUUAGUUUUUACCACUACUUAUUGAGAACCUUUUCCUAUACAAUGCUGUGCUAAGAUUAAAGGUGCCAUUUGAUCUUAGAUCUGCUGCUUUAGAAUUGUAAUUUUGUAUAACUUGCAAUGGAAAUAAAUUGUCUAGAACCUAGAAUCAGAAAGUAUCACAAGACUCAUGGAAACAGAAAUUAUCUUCCUGGAAAUUGAUCAGCUGUUAUGCCUCAUACAAAGAGACCAAAUGAGUGCCAACUUGUUUUAACUUUCUCUUAUUUGAACACUGAUACAGUACGUACUUUCUGCUUCCUGUUUGGAUAGCUUUUGUUUAACCUAUCAUAUUUUGCUGGUUGAUUGGUGUCAUGAAAGGUGGUUUAAACAGCCACUUCUUAUGUGAACAGGUUGCGACACGUUUCUUGUCUGCCAGUCCUCCUUUAUAUUGGUUUGCUUCAUAUGUAAUGGUAUCUCCUGGUAUGAGUCAGAGAUGGGGAUAUAUGAUAUGGGCUUACUCUGCUGCCUACAUCCUUCUUGGGAGCUUGCUCUUUUCAAAUUUCUAUCCUUUCACUUGAUAAACUUGAAAUGUUGAAAUGGCAGUUGAUAAAGAGUUCCAUCUUCAAGAUGAAAUUUUCCGAAGGUUGAUCAUGUUCACAGUCCAUCAUCUGCCCAUUAUGGGAAGAUGCAGUUGUCGUGGUUCUGGUAGAUAUACUUCCUGAGAUGCGACUGCAAUUCAAGGGAGGAAGGAAGGAUGCAUCAUGCAUGUCUGUUGGUAUUGAAGAUAGUAUUCUGCAAUAUGUGAUGUAAAUAAGGAAUAAUGAAUCAUGAAUGUGAUGGUAAAUUGUAUAGCAUUCUUGUUUGGCAUGAUAGGCAAACAAGGACACCAACUAUGGAGAAAUUUGCAAACUGGGGCACAAAUUUAAUUUCCUUCUACCCGAGGACCUUUUUUCUUU